AUGGAGCAACUAUUCAAAUUGAUAAAUCUAUUAAUACAUCCAGCAUCGAAUCAACUUCAACUCAAAAGUAUCAUAGUUCUUAUCACAGCCAUUAACAAGGCUCAGGAACUUGAGAUGGUCAAAAAUUUUGAAUUGAAUUAUAAAACUGAAAUGAACCCCAUUUAGAGCAUAAUAGGCUACUGUUUCAUUAUAGAUUCUAUUUCAUCAACUUAGCACAUACUCAUCAUUUCAGCUUUCUUUGUUGUGCACAUCUUAUUGCUUCUGAUGUUAGCAUAUUUUCACCUUGUAAAGAAUAAAUCAGUGACAUUGCAGUACAUCUUGCAUGCAUUUCUAACAUAUUACUAAUUGCUCUUCCAAAUUCCUAUCAUAUACUCAGCGUUAAGGUUUAUUUAUGAUUAAUAAAUAUGCGAUGACAGCUACAUUUGCUCUUCAGAUGGCAGAGUAGGAUUGAUAAUCAUAGGGUUGCUGAAUAUCAUAUUCACCCUGAUUUUAAAUUCAAUACAUAUAUAUUUUGGAAGAUGCGAAAAAUUAAUGGAAGACAAUUAUAUUUUAACAUUGGAUUAUUCAAUUCUGUUGAAUGGCAUCAUGCAGAUUUUAGUAUUAAUCACCGUUGUUCUAAAAGCAAUAGAAAUUCUGCCAGAAUUGAGAUUUGCGUUGAUCUUGAUAAAAAGUUUGAUAUACGUUAUAACUUCACUUAACAGAAUAAAUCAAUUCUCAUAUAUAUUAGUCGAGACUGUUUCAGUUGCAAUAAAUCUAUCAAUAUCAUUCAAUUUUAGCAUCUAUGAGUUAUUCUUGAUUAUCUCAUUUUUGUUGUGCUUGUGUGUAUAGAUUCAAAACAGGAUAGUCAACUUCCACGUCACUUUGAAAGAGUAACAGAACUUAGUUACACUCUAAAUCCUAGAGGAAAGCAACGAAAUGAGCGCUUUGCCAAAAUCUAAAAUCAUCCUAUCUGUCAUCAAAAAGAAUCACAUCUGCAAAAAAUGCAAGAACCCUCAUCAAUUGGUUGAAUGCCUCCUGCGCAGAAUGGCCAAUACAGUUCUCAAUAGGAGUCAACUUUACGUUUUACUUUACUGUUCCUAUGUCGCAAAUCAUGCUCCAUUAAAGGCUUUGGUCAGAUUGGUUCUGAUGACUUCCAACGACAUUUACUACAGAAUAGCAUCUCAUAAUUUGUAAUAGGAAUUGUACAAAAGAACCUAACAAUUUUAGAAGGAAGCUUAAAUCAAGAACUCAAUAAGGAAUGCUAAUGAACACUUGAAUUCAUUAGAUGUUCAAUCAGCAUUUCACACAUCUCAUUCUGCUGCCUUUUUAUUUCCUCUCAUUAUUGAAACCUUGAAUGGCAAAAUCAAUUUCUGGAAUAAACUGAUAAAUGGAUACAACGAUAUUGAUCAUUGUCUACAUGAAGCACUAAAGACAACUUCUAAAAUGCUAAAAUGUAAAAAAGAAUUUGAAAAUAGAUUUGACAUGAUUAACAACAGAUUGAAAGGAUCCUCUACUCAAGAUAUAUUAUCUAUGAGGAUCAUACAAAUCUAUUAGACUGGAAUUUAUUCUAAUUCAUUCUAAGCUUUUUAAUUAGAAAAAGCAAUUGACGAUCUCUUAAAGAGUGAGAGGUAUAAGCAAGAUGAAUCCUUGGAUAACAUUCAACUUAUAUAAAAUAGAUUGAUAAUCUUGAAGUCUAGUCUAGUGCGCAAACGAGGAGAACUGGUUAACACUAACACUAAAUAGUUGUCAUAGUUUUUGUGUGAUUCUGAAGACAAUGUUAAGUUAAUUAAGCAUUGCAAUCAGUUGAUGCCAAACUUCUUAUAGAGUAUCCAUGAUUAGUUGAUGGACAAUUAUUUAUAGAAUGGUCAUUCCAAAUUAAUGGUCCAUGGAGAAUCAACAUUCUUCUAAAAUAUAUAAGGAUACAUAGAACCUUGUAGCAUCAACUUAUAUAAUUAUUUUGACUCCAACAAGAAUGACUUUUUGUUAAAUAUGAUCUUGACUAAGGAAUAAUCUAAUAAUGAAACUAUCUUAUUUGGUGUAGAUGGAAAGAUACUUGGAUUCACCAAAUAAUUUUAUGAAGAAGCUUUGAAAUCUAAAACUAAAAUAGAAAGUUCCCACAUGUCUAAACGAACUGAAGCAACAGUUUCAUAAAUGGAGGUCAGAGAACUUCUAGCAAGAUAUCCCUUAAUUUAAUACUACAUACCAUCUAUCACCUAGUAGGUUGAAGAAUUAAAAGUGUAAAUUAACUCUUCUUCAAAUUACCUCAUGAAUAAUUUAAGGUCAUAUUGGAUUGUACCUUAAAACCAUAGCGAGUGUCUCUUAAACUCUCAAUUAAUACUAUCAUAAUUUAAGAGAAGAAGUAAUGGAUCCUAAUUACAACUCAAUAUGAGAUCAUAUAAGUCUCAAACAUAUUCAAGAUAUUCUCAAAACUCUAUGAAUACGAACAUAGAAAUGUAUGACGAUUAAGAAAUCCCAUAAGAAAUCAGAAAAUAAAUUCUUGUUGAGAACACUCCAAUUAUAAUUUUGCAUCCAGAAGUCUAAGAAUCCAUAAAAAAGCUAGUGGAAUUCGACAAUUAAUCUCAAUACAUGCAACUAGGCUUAUUUUACAGUCUGUCAUACAAAGUAUUAAAAUAUAAGAAAGGAACUUAUGCCUAUUUUAUGAUUUCAAUCAAAGAAAUGAAGCAUUUAUAGUUAUCGAAUACAAAUCAGCACUUCACUACUGUACCCUCGUAAGCUACUCAAUAAUAAAGUUUAUAACCUUCAUAGGAUUUGAACAGCAGUGACCUAUUCCCGAAAAGUGAAAUUGUGGAGAUCGAUGAAUCCUAAAAUGCCAUAGUUUAGGAGAUAAAAAUGAUGAAUUAAUUGAGAUCUGUCAAGCAAUAUGAUAAUGAUGAGCCUAAUAAUAAUAAUAACAUUUUAGAUAAUUCCAAAUCCAUUGAAAUGAGCUUUAAAGUAAAACAAUCUGAUAGAUCCAACAUUUUUGAUUCAAGUAGAUAAAUGAUUAUUUAAUAACCAUUGUAUGUUAAACCCAGGCAACUCGACAAAUCAAGCAACUUAGAAUUCGAGUAAAUGGAAAAUGAUAUGCAUGGAUUAAAGGAAAGGUAGCUUGAAUUAUUAGAUGAAAAUGAGUAGGAAAUAGUGAAUGAUAAAUUUGAAUCCAAUAGUCAAACUCUAAAGAAGAACUCCAUCUUGGGUAAGUUGAGAAUAGCCUAGAUUCAAAAGAAAGAGAAUGCUAUGGAUUUUGCAUCGAAUCCCUCUAGAACUUCAACUAAUUCAACAUCCAAGGAGUCAUUACUCAUAGUUUAAUAGCUAUACUAUAACACUCAAUUGAUUACUCCUCUUAAGAAAAUAGCAUUAAUUCUAACAUUAAUAUGUCUAGCCAUUUUGACCGUAGAUAUCAUAAAUGUUUAAAUGAUAUCAACUAAUCUAGUAUCUUAAACUGAUUAGGUUGUAAAUUUGAGAAAACCACAAAAUAUUAAUUACUUUUACACUUCUGCUAUGCUGUAAGAAUGGGUUCAAUAUUUGUAUACUUAAAAAAUAAUUACCUUAAGCCCUUUUAUGAAUCAAAGAAAUAUAGAUACCUUAUCUUAAAUGUAUGACUAUGCAAGAUAGGAAAUGAUUAAUUUGGCAAUUUAAGUACCUUAGCAGGCUCAAGAUUUGAAUGCGAAGACAAUCUUUAACUUUAAGUAUAUAGAAAAUGGAGUUAUUAAAUAUUCAGAUGUACCUUUGUAAGACUUUUAUUAAGUCUUAUAUCAAACAGUAGAAACUUCGUAUAGAAACAACCUGGGGAAGUAAUAAAUCAUAUACCCAGAUAUGUUAACAACAGGAGUAGUUAGGGUGAAUUUAUGGCAAAUGGUAGAUUUACAUAAUCAACUAAUUUAGAUAAUCAUGUAAAAUACUAUUGAUGCUUAAUCUUUAGUAAGAUCAUACUUCUUAACUGUUAUGAUGGCAGAGUUAUUUUCUGUUAUAUUUUUUAUAGGACUGUAAUUAAAAUAUUGGCUAUUCAUCGAUCACAUCACGAAAUCUAUAUUAUUUUUGGUAUCACGUUUAAAUGAAAAUUAAUCAACAGAUUAAAUUAACCGAUUAUCAAUGAUAAAAGAAUAGUUGGAAAAUGAAAGUUCAAAUACAUGGAAACUAUAUAAUUUUGGAGAAGUUAUGUUUGAAUUUUCAGAUAAAAAGUCCAAGAAAAUCUAAUUAAAGUAAUCUCUUUCAAUUUAAUCUACAUAAAAUAACUAUCGAGCUACCAGUGCUCUAUAUUCCAGAAUAUAAAAAACCUAUUAUUUGAAUAGAACAAAUGUAAUAGUAACAUUUCUUUUGGCUAUAACAUGGUCUGCAUUCUUAAUGGCGGGGUAUCUUUUACAUAUGUCAUAUAAUGACAACUUCUAACCAUCUUUAACCGUUACAUUGAAAUUUGUGUAAUUUAGACACAACAUGGAUUCAUUAGCUCUAAUUGCAGGAUUAACAAAAACUGAGCCUCUGAUUCCAAAUUAUAAUUUAAGUUUCAUUAAUUAAACUUUAUCAUCAUCGCUAUUGUCUUAAUACAAAGAUAAUUUAUUGCCAUUGAUAAAUGAAAUAGCUGAUGUAAUUUUGACAAAUGCAAAUGCUAAUAAAAAGAACAGUAUUUUUGAUGGAGUACUUAAUUAUGACUUAUGCUUAUCUACCUCUUUAGAUAAUCUUCCAGCUUGUGAUUUAUCCAAACAAUCUUUAGCUUAUGAUAAGAAGGAUUUAUACUUAGAUGUAAUUGUAAAUGGUGCUCUUGGAUUUACAGCUGCUUUCACCAAAUUUAUAAAUUAAGAAUACGAUUACGAAAUAAACAACUUGAAAUAUAGUCCAAAUAUUGAAGAGUGCAGAAUAACAGCACAAUCAUAAUAGUUUUAGAAUUUUGUUCUUUAAUAUUUUACUGACAUUCAGAAUGCUAUGAGAUAAUUUUUAAUUUUGUUUUAACAAGACAAUGCAAAUAUCAGUUAAGGCAUUAUCAGCGUGAUACAAGUGUAUUAUUAUGGAUUUGGAUUAAGUUUAUUUGCUAUAUAUUGUAUAUCGAGUUUUGUAUGGAUAUACAAACAGCAACAAACAAUUUAAUCAUUAAGACAGAUUUUAGUGCUAAUUCCAGCCGAUUUGAUUCUUACUGCAAACAUUAGAAGCCAAGCAAAGGAAAUCCAUUAGAUGUUGUACUGA